GAUCAACAAAAUGGCUUCAUUUUCCUUGCCGCAUAUUCACGAUAAUCCAGACGGAGGUUGGGGACCAUCGUCCUCGAAUAUCCCCGAGCAAUUCAAGUUCAAGGAUAUCCCCUACGCACCCUAUUCAAAAUCUGAUAAACUUGGCCGGUUUGCGGACUGGAACGAUAAUUUAGACGGCCGUCAAACUGCUGUCGGUCUUCCAACUACUCAGAAUGUUCGUGGCGGUGGUGCGGGACGCAACAGAAGAGAUGGGGCUCAGGCAUUUGGAAGUGGAACGGCGAGUGCUUUCGCUUACUUCCAUGUCGAGGAUGAGGCAAGCUUCUCUCUCGUCGACAACAAACCUGCUCCACCUCGCAGAGGCGGUGCCUUUACCCGUGGAAGAGGAUCUGCUAGGGGGACUGGGAACUAUGCUGCACGGGGUAAUCAGAGAGGCGGUCGUGGAGGGUACAAUAAUAAUCGUGGUGGUGCUCAGCGUGGCGGAAGAAGGGGAUGGAGAGACUGGGAAAAGAACAAUCGUACUCGUGAAUCUUCUGUGGCGAUCUCUCCACAGUGGCGGAUGCUUGAAGAAAUCGAAUUCCAUCGGCUCGCCAAAUUGAGGCUCGAAGUUGAUGAGCCCGAGAAUGUAGACACAUACGGCAAAGUGUUUGCAUACGAGAAAUCUUAUGAUCGGAUAACCACAAAAACCGAGCGUCCUUUACAGCUCGUCGAUCGCAUUAAGUAUAAUACGACAACCUCUGAUGAUCCAGUCAUCCAGGAACUUGCUGCAAAAAAUACCGCUACAGUCUACACCACAGAUGCUAUCCUCAGUGUACUCAUGUGCGCACCCCGUUCCGUGUACCCAUGGGACAUUGUCAUUCUCCGAGAAGGAAAUAACUUGUAUCUUGACAAACGUGAUGGUGGCCCAUUCGACACUGUGACAGUGAACGAGAACGCGUCCGAUCCUCCGCAGGACCCUACUCCUCCUAACCCCAACAAUCCAAAUGAAAAGGCUGCUCCAGAAGUUCCUUCAAUCAACUCGGCUACAUCUUUAUCACUGGAAGCUACUUACAUCAACCAAAACUUUGGCUUCCAAUCAGUCAUUGAGAACGGUACCCCUGCCCCGGUUGACUUUGCCCAUCCAAAUCCUUUCUACGGCCCUGAAGAAACUGAGCCGCUCGCAUCCUGCGGUUACCGCUACCGUGUCUUCGACCUUGGUAUCACUGAAGAUGAAGAUAUCAAGAUUUGCGUUCGUACUGAAGUGGAUGCCUAUAUUGCAGGACAGGGCAAUCCCCGAGAGGGCCAAGGUUUGGUGACGAUACGUGCACUAAACGAAUUCGAUCCUCGCGCGCAGGGAGCCGGCGGUGCACCGGACUGGCGUUCGAAGUUGGAUUCUCAACGCGGUGCUGUCGUUGCUACGGAGAUGAAGAACAACAGCUGCAAGCUCGCCAAAUGGACAGUGCAGAGUGUGCUGGCAGGGGCAGACCUCAUGAAAAUUGGGUAUAUCUCGCGAGGGAACCCAAGGGACAACACCCGCCACGUGAUUCUCAGUACUGCGUCGAUGCGUCCUACCGAUUUCGCGGCGCAACUUAACGUAUCUCUCGCCAACGGAUGGGGAAUCGUCAGGACCGUCACUGAUCUAUGCAUGAAGAUGCCUGAGGGCAAAUAUGUCUUAAUCAAAGAUCCCAACAAGUCUGUAAUCCGUCUAUACGCUGUUCCUCUUACCGCGUUCACUACCGAGGAUGAGGAAGGAGAAGCUUUCGAAGAAGAUCCCGAGUCCACCGCUUGAGAGUGUAGAGUGUAUAACAGCACGAUGUACGGACAUAAAAUGACGACUUCGAAUCAAUCAUGCAUCUUUCGAUGAUAGUUUAGAAGUUAUAUAUGAUGAUAUCAUGCGCAGACUUGUUGUAUACAAGCUGAUGUGACGGCUGACAUGAUGCGAGAUCUAACGAGACACUGUCUUUAUCUUGAUGAACUUAACAAAAUUUCCACCGCUCCUUCGACGUUAGGGCUUCGUUGAAGAGCUGCAACAACAACUGCCCGUUGGACAUCGGGGAACAUGCCAGUCAGCUGCGUAAUUUCCGCCUCGCUUGGAACACGCAUGCCCGGUCCCGCACUAUCUGCUCUCCCUGUCAGUUCGUUGACCCACUCCCUCAUGACAGAGCUGCCCGUAUUUUCUUCGGUACUGCCUGUCCGAGUGCCUGUAACAUCAGCCGAUGCUGGACGAGCCGUCGUUAUCACUUCUUCAUUACCUACUCUGGCUUCAUCUGUUCGAGUGGUAGUGCGAGGCUCCGGACGAGCGCGUGUAAGACGACGGGGGGGUCGAGUGGAACCAAUAAGCGGAAGCAAAAAUCGCGUCGCAAAUCGCCUGACGGGCGAUGACAAGCGCCAACUCUUCAAGUCUGUCAGAUCCGAGCGAUAUAUUUGCCCAGUAA